CCAGGCUCGGAUCCCGCCCCCUCCUGCGUCACUCUCCACCUCCAUACCUUCCCGACUCCUGCCCCUUCCUUACGUCACGCCCCGCUUCAGGCCCCGCCCCGCUCCUGGUCCCCCUUUUUCUGCAGCCUCGAGAGCGGGCUCCCACAUAGCCUGCGGCUCCUCCUCCCAGUCCUAGUCCGACCGUCCUCGUUCUGCUCCUCGCUUCAGCCGCCAUGCCGGGAGGUCUGCUGCUCGGAGACGAGGCCCCCAACUUCGAAGCGGACACCACGAUCGGCCGCAUCCGCUUCCACGACUUCCUCGGAGACUCAUGGGGCAUCCUCUUCUCCCACCCUCGGGACUUUACUCCAGUGUGCACAACAGAGCUGGGCCGUGCCUGCAAGCUUGCCUCAGAAUUUGCCAAGCGAAAUGUUAAGAUGAUCGCCCUUUCUAUUGACUCUGUCCAGGACCACCUUGCCUGGUGUAAGGAUAUCAAUGCAUACAAUGGAGAGCCACCUGUCGAGAAGCUGCCUUUCCCCAUUAUCGAUGAUCACAAACGGGACCUUGCCAUCAAGCUGGGCAUGCUAGACCCGGAUGAGCGGGAUGGGCAGGGCAUGCCUGUGACGGCACGUGUGGUAUUUAUUUUUGGCCCUGAUAAGAAGUUGAAGCUGUCCAUCCUCUAUCCAGCAACUACCGGCAGGAACUUCGACGAGCUCCUCAGAGUGAUUGACUCCCUUCAACUGACAGCAUACAAGAAGGUUGCUACUCCCGUGGACUGGAAACCUGGAGACAGCGUCAUGGUGGUUCCAACUAUCUCUGAAGAUGAGGCCAAAGCCCUGUUCCCGAAAGGAGUCUUCACCAAAGAUCUCCCUUCAGGCAAGAAAUACCUCCGGUACACCCCCCAGCCCUAGGGGCCUCCGGCCAGGGCUCCCUCUAGGCGCCUCCCCAGGACCACUGAGGCUGCUCUACUGAACCCAAGGCUUGUUAGGUGAAAACGGCCCCGCGGCGCCUGUGCCUCCUCUCCUUGUGCCUUUCCCAGCAUUCCCCGGGGCAUGGAAGGCCCACCCUCCAGCUCCUGGGAGGACUCCUACACGGGCCUCACAGACACAUCAUCUCUUUUUCUAAUUCUUCUCUGGGGCAGGAGACAACAGCUCUGUCUAGGGAGCUUCACCUCCCUUUGGGGAUUUCUGUUUAGCACAGACGAUAGUCAUUGAGGCAUUUCACACCGUUUUCCUCCAUGUUGAAUAUUAGGAUUCUUACCUUUCCAGCAGAUACAGGGAAGCAGAAUACAACUAAUAUUUUGUGACAUCAGACAAAAGAGCUUCCUGGUUCUGUCCCCGAAUGUGGAGGUGGCCCAGAGGAUGGGCCAGGGGUGGGAUGGUGGAGGGCCGCCAUCGUGGGUGCCUUUGAAGCUAGUCAGUUAUCUAGUGUGUUCAUAGUAAGAUAAAGCGUGUCUACUAGAGGGGGAAAGGGAGGAGAGAAAGAUACUAUUUCUUUACUACAAAAUAUUGUCUCUACAUUGGAUGGUUUUCUGUUUUCUGAUAUUUUGCCUUUAGGGGAGCCACAAAUAAAAGACUUUUGAAACUA